UCCGUUCCUAAGAAGUCCUCACACGAUGGGUGUCACAAUGAUCUUCGUUUGGAUGUUUCUGCCAAUUUUGGGAACUCUGCAGCCUGCCGCAGGGAGCACUACAUCUUUUUAUGAAACUACCACAACCACUCCUGAAACUACCACAACGACGACACCAGAGCCAACUACCAUUUUUGAAACUAUGGGUGAUGAUCUGUCUCUAGGACUUGCAAAUGGGCCAAACCACUGUGCAGGCCGGGUUGAAAUCUUUCACUUUGGAGGCUGGGUAAAAGUUUGUGGUGAUCUGUGGGACAUGGAGGAUGCGCAAGUUGUGUGCAGGCAACUGGGUUGUGGUGAGCCCGUCGCUGCUCUGAGAUACAGCUAUUUUGGUGAAGGCUGGGCAGAUCCUUGGAUGACUAAAGUGAAGUGUUCCGGCUUUGAAGAUGUGUUGUGGCAUUGCCCUUAUGAAUACGCAUAUGGUUCAUGUGGUUUUUAUGGAGAUGCUGGUGUCAUAUGUGCAGGUUCUGGACUAACAGCCCCUCCACAAACAGAGAGCACUACAACCACUCCAGAAACUACUACAACUAUGACCACCACUUUUGAAACUAUGGGUGAUGAUCUGUCUCUAGGACUUGCAAAUGGGCCAAACCGCUGUGCAGGCCGGGUUGAAAUCUUUCACUUUGGAGGCUGGGUAAAAGUUUGCGGUGAUCUGUGGGACACGGAGGAUGCGCAAGUUGUGUGCAGGCAACUGGGUUGUGGUGAGCCUGUUGCUGCUCUUAGAUACAGCUAUUUUGGUGAAAGCUGGGCAGAUCCUUGGAUGACUAAAGUGAAGUGUUCCGGCUUUGAAGAUGUGUUGUGGCAUUGCCCUUAUGAAUACGCAUAUGGUUCAUGUGGUUUUUAUGGAGAUGCUGGUGUCAUAUGUGCAGGUUCUGGACUAACAGCACCUCCACAAACAGAAGAGACUACUACUUCAAUUCCUAAGACCACCACAACAGAGACAACCACAGAAACAACUUUCGGCACUGUGGGUGAUGAGCUGUUUCUGGAACUUGUCAAUGGGCCAAACCACUGUGCAGGCCGUAUUGAAAUCCUUUACUUUGGAGGCCGGGUAAAAGUUUGUGGUGAUCUGUGGGACAUGAACGAUGCACAGGUUGUGUGCAGGCAACUGGGCUGUGGUGAGCCUGUUGCUACUCCAGGAGAUAACUAUUUUGGCGAAGGCUGGGGAAGGCCUUGGAUGACUAACGUGAAUUGUUUUGGCUCUGAAGAUGUGUUGUGGCAUUGCUCUUUUGAAAGCUGGCCGCAGACAUGUGGUUUCCAUGGAGAUGCUAGUGUUAUAUGUUCAGGUUCUGGAAUGAGCCCACCCACACAAACAGCAAGUACCUCUUACCCUCCAGUGAGCAUCACCAUGUAUGGACUGGCCUUGAGACUAGUGAAUUCAGCUAGCAGAUGUGAAGGUCGUGUGGAAAUCUAUUACGCGGGAUCGUGGGGGACUGUGUGUGAUGAUUCUUGGGAUCUCAAUGACGCAAAUGUUGUGUGCAGCCAGCUUGGAUGUGGAUAUGGUGUUGCAGCAAAGACCAAUGCUUAUUAUGGUCAAGGCUCAGGAAAUAUUGUCCUUGAUGAUGUGAGGUGCACAGGAUGGGAAUCCAGUCUGUGGGACUGUCCUCAUGCAGGAUGGCUCAAUCAUAACUGUGGUCAUCAUGAAGAUGCUGGUGUCAUUUGUUCAGAUGCUGGAUACACAACAUCGCCAUCCACAGAAACACCAGGAUCCACUACAUCAUGGCCUUGGUACACAACAACUGCAAGAUAUACUUGUGGUGGUGUCCUUCAAUAUUCAUCUGGGACUUUUCAUAGCCCGUUCUAUCCUGGAAAUUAUCCAAACAAUGCAGAUUGUGUGUGGGAAAUAGAAGCAGAGAACAAUUACCAUAUAAUACUUUCCUUUAGAGAUAUCUCGACAGAAGGUAGUGGAUGCCGAUAUGAUUAUAUUGAGAUAUAUGAUGGAGCACUCUACACUUCUCCUUUACUGGGGAAGAUUUGUUACAAUUCGACUCCUACUUAUACAUCAUCCUCAAACUUGAUGACAGUUAGAUUUCACAGUGACUCAAGUGUCACGAAGAGAGGGUUUCGUGCUGACUAUUACACCAUUCCAGCAGAUCAGAAUACUACUCUUCGGUGUCUGCCAGAAUACAUGCACGCAGUUGUUAACAGAGCUUAUCUCCACUCGCAAGGCUACAUUUCAGAGACUGUCAGCUUGAAUGACCCUUCUUGUAAACCAAACAUUACCACAAGCUAUAUUAUCUUCAAAAUACCAUACAAUGGCUGUGGCACAAGGCGACAGGGAAACAGCAAUACUAUCAUGUAUUCCAACUUGAUCAGAGCAACCACUUCUGGCUACAUAAUCAACAGGGAAAAAGAUCUUCACUUGCACAUCAACUGCAAAAUGCUCGAAAACACAUGGAAAGAAAUAAUGUAUGUUGCUGGGGACGAAAGAGCUAUUGAGAUCAAUGAAACGCAGUACAGCAGAUACGACUUGAACAUAUCAUUUUAUGAAUCUCCAUCCUUCUCACGGCCAGUGUAUGAUUCUCCAUACUACGUUAACCUGAACCAGAAUUUAUUCCUUCAAGCUUCAAUUAACAGCUCUGAUGCAAAUCUGGUGUUGUUUUUGGACACGUGUGUUGCAUCGCCUGAUCACAAUGAUUUUACAACAGUAACCCAUGACAUUAUCAGAAGCGGGUGUGUUAGAGAUGCUACCUAUGGUACAUACUAUUCACCCUACAGCUCCAUUAUACGGUUCAAAUUCAGUGCCUUCAAGUUUAUGAACCAACAUCCAUCAGUUUACCUACAGUGCAAAAUGGUGGUGUGUAGAGCAUAUGAUUAUUCUUCCCGAUGCUACCAGGGCUGUGUACCAAGGUCUAAGCGAGAGACAAACUCUUACCAAGAAAAAAUGGAUGUUGUUGUUAUUGGGCCAAUUCAGCUUCGGAAAGAUGCCACUGAGAAUAGGAAUGCUGAGCUGGACUAUUCUGAACAUCAGGAAGAGGCAGAUUCCUAUAGGUCACUUCUUGCAACUGCUGGUCAUUCCCAGACUCCGUUUAUUGUUACAGUUGUGGUACUUGCAGCUGUUGUUUUAACUCUUCUUGGGUUCCUCUUGAAAAAUAAAUUGAGGAAGCAGGUUCCAUACCAGCUGAUGUGAGAUGCUGGCAGCAGACGCUAUCUCAAGCCAUGUACCUAAUUAUUCAGUUGCUAGCUUUUGCACUCAAUAUCUUUUAUAUGGCAAUUUGUGCUUCAGAGGGAAAGUAUGAAAAACUUGCUUUAAUAAGUCUACCCUCUGAGUUCUGGUAAAUUCAGGCUAGAGCUGGGCCUAAGGUUAAAAUAUCCAAAUAACAUGGAAAGUUAGGAAAAGUUGAAAUUUAGGUCCCAACUCCCCAGCCUGCUGUCAUUUCUAAUAAUGGACUGAACUUCUCCCCCAUAUGUGACCCACCGGCUCCCUCCUCUCAGUCUAGAACCAGACUUUGCAGCUCAGGACUGUCUCUAGUCUAGAUAGUCCAAAAGAGUUUUCACAGUAUUCUGCAGUGAGAUUUGAUGGAACAACUCAUGUAAUUCCUAUACUACAAUGAAUGUGAAUAGAGGAAGACUGGUCCAGAGGGUUGAGCACUAACUUGGAAUGUGAGUCACUGUGUCACCAUCAACAGCUUGUGUCACUCUGGGCUUUAGUUCCCCAUCUGGGAUAACAGCACUUGCCUUCCUCUCAGGGGUGUUGAAACAAUAAAUACAUUUAAGAUUUUGAGUUGAUCAGAUAUUACCAUGAAGGGGAAUAUAGAAGUACCUAAGAUUGAUUGAUAGAACUUUGGUUUGAGAACUUUAUACAUAAAAAGGGUACUCUGAUAUGUUUAAAAGUUACUGGCCUGUAGAGUAGUUGACCUGAAAACAUAUACUGUGUAUCUGGAUUCUAGAUGUCCCAUACAUCUGCAAAUCCUGAUGUAAGCCCAAGUGUGUAGUCCAUCCUUUACUUCCAUUGGCUAUAGUGAGCCAUAUAUAUAUAUUUUAAUCCAAUACAUGUCAGUACAUAACCACUAGACCAUACCGCUAGUAUAUUUUUAGUGUAAAAAUACAUGAAAUGAAUCUACUUCUGAAUAUCUUGGUUAAUUAUUAUAUUUUAAAACAUUUCCAAUAACUCCAUGAAAUCUAAGGGUUUUGCUGAUAUCAGUUUUUGAAAUUUCUAUCCUUACCCCAUAAUUAAUGGCUUUGAAGUUCCAUUAUCAUGAAUGUUGGGGAAAAUGUUCUGAGAAAAUUAGAUAUAUGAGAUGAAUGUCACUGCAAUUGAUUUCUAAAGACUCUAGAGUGUUCAGAUCUGGGAUUUUCUACUGGGACCUUUUGUGGAAAUUAGAUUUAAAAAUUAAAACCCAAAUCUAAUUCAACUUGUCUGCAUGUAUUUUCUUUCUGUGUUCUCUAGGAAAUAGUCAAUGUGCCUUGUUGUUUUUCAAAUAUAUGUGGCUCAUUUUCUAGUCUAUAUUAUCUUGGAAAUUGUUUCAAUAUAUUGUGUUUCUGGGAAAUACAACUAUUAAACUCAUAUUACUAGAAUUGUCUUCUGUUGUACAAAUUUUAGAAAUUACCAACAUACUGGCUUUAAAAACAUUUAUUUUAUUCAUUUUUGGACCAGAUUCUGCCAAACUUACUCACAGCUUAAUAAAGACCAUGAGCAGUCCCACUGAAAUCAGGAGCAAUAUUAUGUA